AUGGCUUAUCCACAUUACCGAUCACAGUUCGGAGACACAACAUUCACUAAGGUUUUUGUCGGAGGACUAGCUUGGGAAACUCCAACCGACGAAAUGCGGACAUAUUUUGAACAAUUUGGUGACAUUCUUGAAGCUGUCAUUAUCACUGAUAAGAACACAGGAAAAUCUAAAGGAUACGGAUUUGUAACAUUUCGUGAUCCCGAAUCUGCAAGAAGAGCUUGUGCUGAUCCAAAUCCAGUAAUUGAUGGAAGAAGAGCUAAUUGUAACAUUGCUUCUCUAGGACGUCCUAGACCAUCACCACCAAGAGGGAGAGGCAGUACAUAUCAGGGUGGGGGAGUAGGAGUAGGGACAGGAGGGGCAGCGGCAGCAGUUGGAUACGGUGGUGUUCCGGCGGGAGGGGCGGCACAAAUGGCAGGAGGAGCAGCAGCAACACCAGUAAUGUAUCAACCAUAUGGCUACCCCACCUACGCUCCUGAAUAUGGGUACCAUCAAGCCACAAUGUAUAACCCUCAAAUUCAGCAAGCACAAUAUUAUCAACAAGUGUAUGGACCAUCAUCUUCAACUAUGGCCUCACCAUAUUAUUAUGGCUAUUCUAUGCAACCAGCUGCACCAAGGGGUACAUUUUCUACCCCUCAACCACAUCGCAUACCAGCUGGACCAUCCUAUCUAUACUAUCCUACUACACCGAUCGAAGGCGCUUCCUUCUCUCCCGCAUAUCGUCCAUUUCAACAGCAACCCGUAAUAAGGCACCCGUCUCCUUCCCCUUCUCCGACCGAUUCACAGACUCAGCAACGUACCUCAUCGGAGACACCAUCUGGAGUAGUUAUAACUUCGGAAAGUUCAAAUACUCAAGGGAAGAACAACUAA